GAAGUGACGCCCGCAGUGACGCAUCGGUUGCUACGGUUGCAGAUUAUGUUGCACACAUCCGGGGUGUCCGCGGCUCGUGCGCUCGCCUGUGUUUUUAACGCAGUUCUCUCCACAGGCGCGGAGUAACGCGUGCGGCGAUGUGAGUGAUCAUGGCCGAUGACAGCGAGUGGGUGUUGGAGAGCAUCGCGGGCUACCUGAGCAGCCCAGACUGGCUCAUCCCACUGGCAGACUUCAUGGAGAACAAAUGCUCAGUGUUUGACGAUGAGGAUGAGAAUAAGCUGACGUACACGGAGAUCCAUCAGCAGUACAAGCAGCUGGAGGUGGAGCGGCUGCUGCAGAACCACAUGCAGGAGGUGGGCAUCAGUGAGCAGCAGUUCCUGCACGCCUGCUCCUCUUUCAGCAAGACUAAGACUCUACAGGCUGUUUUCCAGCCAGUUGUCGCUACAGAUGAUUUUCAGAUGUUUCGCUCUCUGAUGGUCCAGAAGAACAUGGAGCUUCAGCUGCAGGCUCUGCAUGUCAUCAAAGAGAGAAACGGAGGGCUGCCCCAGUGUCUGACAGACGGCGUGGACGUCGUGAGUGAACUCGAGCAGCGGGAAAUGAAGAUUCUUCAGGAGGUUCUCAAGAGGUCAAAGGAGGAGUAUGAUCUGGAGAUGGAGCACAGGGUGCAGGAGACGGAGGAGCAGGCCUCCACCUCCAGCAGUCUGUCUGAGACUCCUCUGUGUGACUCUGUGAGCCAGCAAACCAGCGCAACCAACGGCACGACAGAUGCUAAAGAGCUGAAGUUAAAGGAGUCUGAGUCUGCAGCAGUCAGGAGUUCAGCUGCAGCCACACCGUCAUGUCAAAGUAAAGCUCUUCCUGCAGUGAGGGCUCCUGUCAAGGGUUCAGUGUCUGCCAGCCACACGCCGAGCCCAGAGAGUCUGAGAGAUGAGGACACACAGAGAGACUCCAGAGCUCUCGCUGAUGAGCAGGCGUUACAGCAGCGCUCUGAGUAUCUGAAGCAGCAGAGAGAUAAACUGCAGGCCCUGAAGAGAGAUCAGACCCAGAAGAGCCCGACUGACGCUCCUCCUGCGGCCCCGGAGCCCAAACCCACUGCACAGGAAAUAUCUGUUGAAGAGAAGAAGAAAUUGCAGAAAAGAAAACAUCUGGCAGAGAAGCUCAAAGAAGAAGUCAUCAAGAAAUGAAGUCGUCUCUGUGAUCGUAGAGUGGGAAACAGAGUUUUAUAUUGUUUAAUUGAUAUUUUUUUAUGUACCUGUAGGUCUGCCAAACACAAAUUAGUCGGUGAUCUCACAUUACUUUAUAUAAACUCCAACAGCUGUGGCGCUGAGAGAUUGAGUCAUCAGACGUGUCUGUAGCAGCAGUGAAUUACACGGGUCAGAGGCGAUGGACUUGUGUCAGACAUGUUGACCUCCAUGUUUGUGUGCCCAAAUCUCUUUGCAUGAUCAGUUUAUUGACACAGUGAAUGCAGUGUUUGUACAUCCGUCUGUCUGUCUGUUUGUUUCUGCAACAUGUUAAAAUCUUUACUUACUGAAUUAUUGUUAUGCAUUAUGGGGACACUCACAUACUAUACAUAUACUCAUAUAUAUGCUCAUGUUUUACUAUGUAAUUUCAUGAAGUGUGCACAGAUGUUUGAUGAAAUUACCAAAUAAAGGAUCAUUUGUAGUCAUUAGAAA